AUGAUGAGUCAAAAGGAAGCUCCAGCGGCGCCGCAGCAAAAUGUCCAGACUGCACCAUAUGAAACUCGACGAGAAGAUAUCCCAUCAAAUCCAAGACCCAUUGACUCCAUGAAAGGUCGAAUGUUAAGACUUGAUGCCGACUAUGGUAGCCCUUACACUGUCGGAGACGCUCAUUGGGCUUCCUUGUUGAAUGAGAUCCACGAGGUGCGAGGCUAUCUUAAGACGCAGCAAAAACAAUACGAGGACCAGUCGUAUAAAAUCUCCCAGCUGCUGAAACGGACACCAGACGAUCCCGGCCCAACUCUACUUUUCGGGACAUCACAACUACUGGGUCACGGGGAAAUUCUCGCACACAUUCCCUCCCGAUAUACAUGCGAUAUGCUAAUGGAACGAUACUUUAAGACUUUAGAUCCCGCGCUUUAUUUUAUUCACCAGCCUACCUUCCAAAAACAGUACACUGAACACUGGGAAGAUCCCAGUAGAACCCCUCUUGUAUGGAUCGCCCAACUAUUCGCCAUGAUGCGCAUCGCGGCCCUCACAUGGCAUCGUGAUGGAGAUGAGCCAUUGGAGUUUGAAGGAAAAUCACAAGAUUUGAGUAGCUCCUAUCGUACACGAGUAGCAGAUUGCAUAUUGCUUGCCGACUACACCAAAUCACACGAAUUUUUGAUAGAAACAUUGGUUCUUCAUCUAUUUGGAGAGUAUUCAAGUGUUAGAGAUUCCAACUCUAGUGCUUGGGUUCUACUCGCUACCAUCAUCCGCCUAGCUAUGCGAAUGGGAUACCAUCGAGAUCCAGACCGUCUACCGUCACUCAGUCCAUUUCAGGCAGAAAUGCGGCGCCGAGUAUGGAUAUUUAUCUGGCAGGCGGACAUCUUCUUUUCAUUCCAACAAGGGUUUCCUCCCAUGGUCAAGAUUGAGUCUCUUGACAAAAUUCUACCACGAAAUAUCUAUGACGAAAGCUUCGGGCCGCAUUGCGUCGAACUUCCUGCUCCACUUUCAGAUUCAGAACCAACUCAAAUCUCAUAUCUCAUCUGCAAAGCUCAGUUAGCUCUAGGCUUGGCUCGUGCUUUGAAAGAACUCAAUCGAGAGGAUACACCUCCUCCAUAUGAAAAGGUAUUAGAGAUCGAUCGCAGCAUUCGGGAGGCCUACUCCAAGGCCCCUGACCACCUCCGACUACGAUCCAUGGCCGAUCAGCAACAUGAUCCUAUGUCCUUGAUUUAUGCUCGAUUUGCACUUGUGAGCAUUCACCAUAGGGCGCUAUGUGUGGUUCACAGCCGCUUCUUGGAAGCCGCUCGAAUGGAUACUCGGUUUCGUAACUCCCGGCGCGCGUGUCUUGAGUCCGCCAUGGCUUUACUGAGCCUGCAGGCCAUCCAACACCAAGAGUUCAGAGCCGAAGGACAGACGAGAAGUCUAACAAGAUACGUAAAUUCCCUGAUAACUCACGACUACUUACUUGCAGCCACAAUUCUCUGCACGGAACUGUCUCUUGAUCGAGGUCGGGACCCGUUUCCUUUCCCUGUCACUGGUCCCACGAAAGCCGAAAUGAUCAAAUCGCUGGACCAGAGUGCGGCUAUAUGGAGCUCAAUGCGUGACGAAAGUAUCGAAGCUUACAAAGCAUCUGACGUCCUUGGUAUGCUACUCAAGAAAUUGCGAUAUCCAAACGACAGCAUGCAGGAGGCUCAGUCACGCAUUUAUCCAGCACCUCCUUCUAUGCAUUUACCAGAAGCAGGGGUCAUGACGAACUUGACACAGAUGUAUCCAGGGGCUGCAAUUAAUGCCGGUACGAUGGCACUCCCUCCACCUCAGCAAUACGUGCCAAGGGACCUACUGUCCAUAGGGUAUGGUUCUACACUUUCAAUGCUGCCCGGGUUCAGUGUUUCCAACGCACAGCACUCCAACCAACAAGAUCCUUCCCCAACGUGGCAACAGUUCGCUGCACCAAUAGACUUUAGCGAUCCAGUAUCGACAUUAUGGGCACUAGACCCAGGUCGAAAGGGUUAA